AAUCUUGUGCUUAUAUCAUCAUAGCUCUCUCUCUCUCUCUAGAGCUCUCUCUCUCUCUCUCUCACACACACACACAGACACACACACAGAGAGACACAAACACACAUUCAGGCAUCAUUCUUGCACUCCAGUAGUGCCUGAGAGCAAUUACUAUCUUAGAGCAAUUAUUGCAAUUUCCACUCACAUUUUACUUCUGUCUAGUUUUUAUUGACCAUUGGCAGAGCCAAAGAUGGUUGAAUCCGAACUACUUGGAAACUCAUGGAACCAAACCCCUCUUCUACAUGGGUCUCAAAAUCCGUCAACUUCUUGAAAAACAAAUCCAAAUUCCCCAACAGGGUUUCUUCCUCUUCCUGCAGUACGAGGUUUCGUUUCGAUGGCAUGGUCGUAAAUAACUCUCUCUACUACUGCCCUUCACCCAUUUCCCCCCACCCAGAAAUGGCCACACCACUGUUGAACCAACUGAAUUUCUCCAUUGAAGAAGAAACUGCAGAAACCAGUUCAAUUUCUGAUUUCUUGUCCUCCGAGGUUUCAUCUUCCCCGCAUUGCAGCACCUCCGAGGUUUCUGAACAAACGGACAAACCCCAUUCCCACAGAUUACAAGAAAAUGAGAUGAUGAAAGAAAGAUUCGCAAAACUGCUGCUCGGUGAAGAUAUGUCUGGUUGUGGCAAUGGAGUUUGCACUGCUCUAGCUAUAUCAAAUGCCAUUACCAAUCUCUGCGCUACACUUUUCGGACAAAUUUGGAGACUAGAGCCACUAAAACCCGAUAAAAAGUCAAUGUGGCGAAGAGAAAUGGAAUGGCUUCUCUGCGUUAGUGAUCACAUUGUCGAGUUGAUACCGUCUUGGCAGACAUUUCCCGAUGGAACCAAACUUGAGAUUAUGACUUCGCGACCCCGAUCGGAUCUUUACAGUAAUCUCCCUGCAUUAUGCAAAUUAGACAACAUGUUACUCGAAAUAUUGGACAGUUUCGAAAGUUCGGAGUUUUGGUAUGUAGAGCAGGGGAUAUUAACCCCAGAAGGUGAUGGAUCUGGAUCCGGAUCUUCGUCAUCCUUCCGGAAGAUUCUACCACGUCAAGUAGACAAAUGGUGGCUUCCGAUUCCUCGGGUGCCACCUGGCGGACUCACCGAAAAUGCAAGAAAGAUGCUGCAACACAGACGGGAUUCCACGAACCAAAUCCUUAAAGCUGCAAUGGCUAUCAACAGUACAGCUUUAGCUGAUAUGGAUAUACCCGAAUCGUAUUUAGAAGCUCUACCAAAGAAUGGAAAAGCAAGUUUGGGAGAUCUUAUCCACCGUUACAUUAAUUCGGACCAAUAUUCUCCCGAAUGUUUGCUCGACUGUCUCGAUUUGUCAUCCGAGCAUCAUGCUUUAGAGAUUGCCAAUCGAGUGGAGGCAACAAUUCACGUGUGGAGACGAAAAACGAAUUCGAAACCUUUAAAUCAUUACCCCACACAAAGAUCCAAUUCAAAGUCAUCGUGGGAAAUUGUUAAGGAUUUGGUUAUCGAUGCAGACAAACGAGAACUAUUAGCGUCCAGAGCAGAAACCCUUCUACUCUGCUUGAAGCAGCGUUUUCCCGGUUUACCACAAACCACUUUAGACACGAGCAAAAUUCAAUGCAACAAGGAUGUUGGGAAAUCAAUAUUGGAGGGAUACUCGAGAGUACUGGAGAGCCUGGCUUUCAAUAUUGUGGCACGAAUCGAUGACCUGAUUUAUGUGGAUGACUUGUCGAAGAAUUCGGAUCAGCUCGUGUCGAUAUCGAUGGUUGGUGUGAUUAGUCAUAAAAACGUGAAGACAACUUUUACGAGUCCUAGAUUGUUCUCGCCUUCGCAGUUGAUUGGUCAUGCUGAGGUGGAUAAGUCACCGUAUAUCGAGAGCAGCAAGCUUCCUCUUCGUGGAAUUGGUGUGAAAAGGAUUUUGACCGAUUAUUUGAGUAUUGAUGGAAAAGGGAGGGGCGAUAUCGGAAGAUCCGAUUCAUUUUCGAAACACGGUAUUAGUUGAUGAAUUUGCAGAUUCGUCGAGGAUGAAUGAGCAAAAGGGAUCACUGUUUUUUUUUUCUUUCUUCGUAUAGAGGUCAUUUUUGUGUGUGUUUAUUUUAUUUUAUUUCAUGCACAUGCAAAAAGAGUAUUUGAAGGUGGUGAGAGCUGUAAUCUAGUUUUUAUUGUAUUGUUUGAAGAUGUAAUGAGAUGAGAGGCUUUGUAAUAAGAAUGCACGUUCAAAUUUGAGAUAUCAACAGUAUUAAACACCAUA